AGACGCGCGUGUGGAUCAUGAGCGCUGUGUGCUGCUGAGAGGUACCAGACACACACCAUCUGCUGUACAGUCGCGCUUCACUUUCACCUGAUCCGUGCGGAUAUUAACAAACAUUCACCUGGAUUUCAUCACCUGUGCGUCGCGUCUCGGAGGCAGAAUGCGGCGCGCUUUAAUAGACACGGGAAACUAUUACAGUUAGUUCGGAUCCGGAUCUGCGUCUUCGGGAUCCCGAUGUCUUCAUCUGAGCCGCUGCUGCUGGUUUUCUCUCUCGUUACAGACGCGGCAGCAUCACGGUUCCGCGCGUCGCGUUGCGCACGGCGCGUCAGCUGGACACUCUGGACACUUCUGCGCACGCUUCAUUGGGAUCUAGCGGAUAACAUGUUGUGAAUGGACCUGGAAUCGUGAUAUUUGGAGGAUAACGCACGGAUUUUAUCCUUCGGAUCUUUGGAUGUUUCCUAAUUUAUUGAGAAUUUGGCUUUUCUGAAGCUCCGGUCUGUAUGGACCCCAUUUAAGCUUCCCUCAAAGGAACUGAGUCUAAAAUGAAGUUAUGGGACAUUCUAGCCACGUGUUUGUUGCUCCUGAGCUCCGUUUCCGCACGUCCCGUCUUCCACAAGCUGCAGCCAUCCAAAAGAGCCGUCGUCCGCAGUGAGACACCCGCUCUGGACCCCAUCAUCGACUCCCAACCUGAAACCACGCACCAAAAACAAGCCUCCAUGGAGGAACAAUAUGACGUGAACGGCUUUAACCCGGAGCAGUUCGAGAGCGUGAUGGACUUCAUCCAAGCCACCAUCGGCCGACUGCGCAGAUCCUCCGACGUAGAUUCGCAAACCAAGCGGGACCGGGGCCGCCAGAGAGGAGCAACACACACCGAGAGGAGCGGCCGGGGGCGAGGAGACCGGAAGAGGGGUCGCGGACGAGGCCGUGAGGACAGCCGAGACGACAGGGUCAAAGGUCAAGGGCGUGGGUGUCUGCUGAAAGAGAUCCACCUCAACAAUUUAAAAAGAUUAUUUUUCUUUUUUGGAAAGUGUGUUGGAGAACCCCGACAGAAGUUUCAUUCCUCUGAACUCCACAAACUCAGAGUCCGAGUGGAAGAGGAAAUCUCCUCAGAUCUUGCGUUUCUUCCAUUCGGGCUGAUCUUCAUCGACCUCUUCUUCCUCCUCCUCGGCGAACAGCGGCUCCGGCUGCGUUCUGUCAGAGAAAAACACGUCGUGAGACACGUUCAGAUCUCACACACUGCGCUCAAUCAACACAAAACAUGA